AUGGCCAGUAACAAUCCAUUCAUAGUUGUGGAGCUUUAUCCGAAUUGUCGUAUGAGAAAUGGCGACAACGGGGUAACAUUUAAAUGUCAGGAUCCGAUAUUAUUUUGCACUCAGCGUGUGGAGACGUUGUCGGUUUUGAAGAGUUUGAUAUUGAGCAAGCUUGAGGGGACACAAGAGAAGGAAAUCGAAAGGGUGGCGUAUAGGUUGCUGGCACCCAUGGGAAAUGGAGUCUUCCGGUUUCUGCUAUUUCGACUUCACGGGGACGAGCAUGUGCGACUGAUGUUCGACAUUCACGGGAGGAUCAUGUGUGAACAGGAUGACCAUUCUCUCGCACCACCGCCCAUUCAUGUCGCCAUUCCAGAGAAUGAGGCAGAGGAGGGUGAGGAGAAGUCGGACGAGGACUACGUGGCAGACAGUGUAGACAGUGAGUCUUUCGAUGGCGGCGAUGAGGAUGAGUUUGUGCCGAAGACACCUGCAGGGGAUGUGCCGCGCCAUAUGCUGCCUCCACCUCACCCGAUUCCGGCACUAUCAGCUGUACCAAGUCACUAUCACAGUCUAGAUUUGGACGCCAUGCAUGAGAGGAUCCCGAUUUUGGACACCUGUGGAAUGGAUUACAAUCUGGACGGCAGUGUGGAGUUUCGGGUCGGACACAGGUUCAGAAGCCGAGAGGAGGUGCUUCAAGGUGUGAAGAACUACAGUAUUCGCAGGAGUGUUGAGUACCGGGUGAUUGAGUCUAACUGGUUAAAGUACCAUGUGCAGUGUCGUCAAGCCGACAGUGGGUGUCAAUGGAGCCUCCAUGUGGCCCUUAGUCAGAAUCUCGGAUACUGGUAA